AUGAAGUUACUCUAUAUCGCCGCUCCGCUCUUGGCCGCUUCGCUUGUUCGUGCGGCCUAUAUACCCGAGCCCAAUUAUGACGAGAAUCAUGAGAAGUACCCGCGUAUUCAAGUGCGCUCCGAUCUCAAGAGCCACAGGUAUCAAGCCGACUGCCACCGCCUUGGCCAACGGAGGCGAUACCCGUACAACUACUUUAGCCACAGCAACUGGAACAAAGGACGGGUCCUCUUCUAUGAGCACAAGCUCGAAAGGAAAUUUUUACAUAUCGGGAACCUCCUCAAGCACGGAUAUCGGCAAUGCAUUUUCGAGCACCUGGGUUGCAACUGCAACGACGACGACCGCUAUUAUACCAGCCACGACGGCAACCACUAUUAUACCAUCUAUGCUUCGCAGCCUGCAGCUAAUACCCAAACUCAGACUCCUGGCGGCAACAACCAAACACCUGGCGGUAACAACCAAACACCUGGCGGUAACAACCAAACACCUGGUGGUAACAAUCAGACUCCUGGUGGUAACAACCAAACACCUGGUGGUAACAACCAGACUCCUGGUGAUAACAACCAAACACCUGGUGGUAACAAUCAGACUCCUGGUGAUAACAACCAAACACCUGGCGGUAACAACCAAACACCUGGUGGUAACAAUCAGACUCCUGGUGAUAACAACCAAACACCUGGUGGUAACAAUCAGACUCCUGGUGAUAACAACCAAACACCUGGUGAUAACAACCAAACACCUGGUGAUAACAACCAGACACCUGGCGGCAACAACCAAACACCUGGUGAUAACAACCAAACACCUGGUGGUAACAAUCAGACUCCUGGUGAUAACAACCAAACACCUGGCGGUAACAACCAAACACCUGGUGGUAACAAUCAGACUCCUGGCGGUAACAACCAAACACCUGGUGGUAACAAUCAGACACCUGGUGAUAACAACCAAACACCUGGUGAUAACAAUCAGACUCCUGGUGGUAACAAUCAGACUCCUGGCGGUAACAACCAGACACCUGGUGAUAACAACCAAACACCUGGUGAUAACAACCAGACUCCUGGUGGUAACAACCAAACACCUGGCGGUAACAACCAAACACCUGGUGAUAACAACCAAACACCUGGUGAUAACAAUCAGACUCCUGGUGAUAACAACCAAACACCUGGCGGUAACAACCAAACACCUGGUGGUAACAAUCAGACUCCUGGUGAUAACAACCAAACACCUGGUGGUAACAAUCAGACUCCUGGUGAUAACAACCAAACACCUGGCGGUAACAACCAAACACCUGGUGGUAACAACCAGACUCCUGGUGAUAACAACCAAACACCUGGUGGUAACAACCAAACACCUGGUGAUAACAACCAAACACCUGGUGGUAACAAUCAGACUCCUGGUGGUAACAACCAAACACCUGGUGGUAACAACCAGACUCCUGGUGAUAACAACCAAACACCUGGUGGUAACAAUCAGACUCCUGGUGAUAACAACCAAACACCUGGCGGUAACAACCAAACACCUGGUGGUAACAAUCAGACUCCUGGUGAUAACAACCAAACACCUGGUGGUAACAAUCAGACUCCUGGCGGUAACAACCAGACACCUGGUGAUAACAACCAAACACCUGGUGAUAACAACCAGACACCUGGCGGCAACAACCAAACACCUGGUGAUAACAACCAAACACCUGGUGGUAACAAUCAGACUCCUGGUGGUAACAACCAGACUCCUGGUGAUAACAACCAAACACCUGGCGGUAACAACCAAACACCUGGUGGUAACAAUCAGACUCCUGGUGAUAACAACCAAACACCUGGUGGUAACAAUCAGACUCCUGGCGGUAACAACCAGACUCCUGGUGAUAACAACCAAACACCUGGUGAUAACAACCAAACACCUGGUGGUAACAAUCAGACUCCUGGUGGUAACAACCAGACUCCUGGUGAUAACAACCAAACACCUGGUGGUAACAAUCAGACUCCUGGUGGUAACAACCAAACACCUGGUGAUAACAACCAAACACCUGGUGAUAACAAUCAGACUCCUGGUGAUAACAACCAAACACCCGGCGGUAACAACCAAACACCUGGUGAUAACAACCAAACACCUGGUGGUAACAAUCAGACUCCUGGCGGCAACAACCAAACACCUGGUGAUAACAACCAAACACCUGGUGGUAACAAUCAGACUCCUGGCGGUAACAACCAGACACCUGGUGAUAACAACCAAACACCUGGUGAUAACAACCAGACACCUGGCGGCAACAACCAAACACCUGGUGAUAACAACCAAACACCUGGUGGUAACAAUCAGACUCCUGGUGGUAACAACCAGACACCUGGUGAUAACAACCAAACACCUGGUGGUAACAACCAGACUCCUGGUGAUAACAACCAAACACCUGGUGGUAACAAUCAGACUCCUGGUGGUAACAACCAGACUCCUGGUGAUAACAACCAAACACCUGGUGGUAACAAUCAGACUCCUGGUGGUAACAAUCAGACACCUGGUGAUAACAACCAAACACCUGGUGAUAACAACCAGACUCCUGGCGGCAACAACCAAACACCUGGUGAUAACAACCAAACACCUGGUGGUAACAAUCAGACUCCUGGUGAUAACAACCAAACACCUGGUGGUAACAAUCAGACUCCUGGUGAUAACAACCAAACACCUGGUGGUAACAAUCAGACUCCUGGUGGUAACAACCAAACACCUGGCGGUAACAACCAAACACCUGGUGGUAACAAUCAGACUCCUGGUGAUAACAACCAAACACCUGGUGGUAACAAUCAGACUCCUGGCGGUAACAACCAGACUCCUGGUGAUAACAACCAAACACCUGGUGGUAACAAUCAGACUCCUGGCGGUAACAACCAGACACCUGGUGAUAACAACCAAACACCUGGUGAUAACAACCAGACUCCUGGUGGUAACAACCAAACACCUGGCGGUAACAACCAAACACCUGGUGAUAACAACCAAACACCUGGUGAUAACAAUCAGACUCCUGGUGAUAACAACCAAACACCUGGUGGUAACAACCAGACUCCUGGUGAUAACAACCAAACACCUGGUGGUAACAAUCAGACUCCUGGUGAUAACAACCAAACACCUGGCGGUAACAACCAAACACCUGGUGGUAACAACCAGACUCCUGGUGAUAACAACCAAACACCUGGUGGUAACAACCAAACACCUGGUGAUAACAACCAAACACCUGGUGGUAACAAUCAGACUCCUGGUGGUAACAACCAAACACCUGGUGGUAACAACCAGACUCCUGGUGAUAACAACCAAACACCUGGUGGUAACAAUCAGACUCCUGGUGAUAACAACCAAACACCUGGCGGUAACAACCAAACACCUGGUGGUAACAAUCAGACUCCUGGUGAUAACAACCAAACACCUGGUGGUAACAAUCAGACUCCUGGCGGUAACAACCAGACACCUGGUGAUAACAACCAAACACCUGGUGAUAACAACCAGACACCUGGCGGCAACAACCAAACACCUGGUGAUAACAACCAAACACUUGGUGGUAACAAUCAGACUCCUGGUGGUAACAACCAGACUCCUGGUGAUAACAACCAAACACCUGGCGGUAACAACCAAACACCUGGUGGUAACAAUCAGACUCCUGGUGAUAACAACCAAACACCUGGUGAUAACAAUCAGACUCCUGGUGAUAACAACCAAACACCCGGCGGUAACAACCAAACACCUGGUGAUAACAACCAAACACCUGGUGGUAACAAUCAGACUCCUGGCGGCAACAACCAAACACCUGGUGAUAACAACCAAACACCUGGUGGUAACAAUCAGACUCCUGGCGGUAACAACCAGACACCUGGUGAUAACAACCAAACACCUGGUGAUAACAACCAGACACCUGGCGGCAACAACCAAACACCUGGUGAUAACAACCAAACACCUGGUGGUAACAAUCAGACUCCUGGUGGUAACAACCAGACACCUGGUGAUAACAACCAAACACCUGGUGGUAACAACCAGACUCCUGGUGAUAACAACCAAACACCUGGUGGUAACAAUCAGACUCCUGGUGGUAACAAUCAGACACCUGGUGAUAACAACCAAACACCUGGUGAUAACAACCAGACUCCUGGCGGCAACAACCAAACACCUGGUGAUAACAACCAAACACCUGGUGGUAACAAUCAGACUCCUGGUGAUAACAACCAAACACCUGGUGGUAACAAUCAGACUCCUGGUGAUAACAACCAAACACCUGGUGGUAACAAUCAGACUCCUGGUGAUAACAACCAAACACCUGGCGGUAACAACCAAACACCUGGUGGUAACAAUCAGACUCCUGGUGAUAACAACCAAACACCUGGUGGUAACAAUCAGACUCCUGGCGGUAACAACCAGACACCUGGUGAUAACAACCAAACACCUGGUGAUAACAACCAGACACCUGGCGGCAACAACCAAACACCUGGUGAUAACAACCAAACACCUGGUGGUAACAAUCAGACUCCUGGUGGUAACAACCAGACUCCUGGUGAUAACAACCAAACACCUGGUGGUAACAAUCAGACUCCUGGUGGUAACAACCAAACACCUGGCGGUAACAACCAAACACCUGGUGAUAACAACCAAACACCUGGCGGCAACAACCAAACACCUGGCGGUAACAACCAAACACCUGGUGAUAACAACCAAACACCUGGUGGUAACAAUCAGACUCCUGGUGAUAACAACCAAACACCUGGUGGUAACAAUCAGACUCCUGGUGAUAACAACCAAACACCUGGUGGUAACAACCAAACACCUGGUGAUAACAACCAAACACCUGGUGAUAACAACCAGACACCUGGCGGCAACAACCAAACACCUGGUGAUAACAACCAAACACCUGGUGGUAACAAUCAGACUCCUGGUGGUAACAACCAGACUCCUGGUGAUAACAACCAAACACCUGGUGGUAACAAUCAGACUCCUGGUGGUAACAACCAAACACCUGGCGGUAACAACCAAACACCUGGUGAUAACAACCAAACACCUGGCGGCAACAACCAAACACCUGGCGGUAACAACCAAACACCUGGUGAUAACAACCAAACACCUGGUGGUAACAAUCAGACUCCUGGUGAUAACAACCAAACACCUGGUGGUAACAAUCAGACUCCUGGUGAUAACAACCAAACACCUGGCGGUAACAACCAAACACCUGGUGGUAACAACCAGACUCCUGGUGAUAACAACCAAACACCUGGUGGUAACAACCAAACACCUGGUGAUAACAACCAAACACCUGGUGAUAACAACCAAACACCUGGUGGUAACAAUCAGACUCCUGGCGGUAACAACCAAACACCUGGUGGUAACAAUCAGACACCUGGUGAUAACAACCAAACACCUGGUGAUAACAACCAGACUCCUGGUGGUAACAACCAAACACCUGGCGGCAACAACCAGACACCUGGUGAUAACAACCAAACACCUGGUGAUAACAACCAGACACCUGGCGGCAACAACCAAACACCUGGUGAUAACAACCAAACACCUGGUGGUAACAAUCAGACUCCUGGUGGUAACAACCAGACUCCUGGUGAUAACAACCAAACACCUGGUGGUAACAAUCAGACUCCUGGCGGCAACAACCAAACACCUGGCGGUAACAACCAAACACCUGGUGAUAACAACCAAACACCUGGUGAUAACAACCAGACACCUGGCGGCAACAACCAAACACCUGGUGAUAACAACCAAACACCUGGUGGUAACAAUCAGACUCCUGGUGGUAACAACCAGACUCCUGGUGAUAACAACCAAACACCUGGUGGUAACAAUCAGACUCCUGGUGGUAACAACCAAACACCUGGCGGUAACAACCAAACACCUGGUGAUAACAACCAAACACCUGGUGGUAACAAUCAGACUCCUGGUGGUAACAACCAGACUCCUGGUGAUAACAACCAAACACCUGGUGAUAACAAUCAGACUCCUGGUGGUAACAAUCAGACUCCUGGCGGUAACAACCAGACACCUGGUGAUAACAACCAAACACCUGGUGGUAACAAUCAGACUCCUGGCGGUAACAACCAGACACCUGGUGAUAACAACCAAACACCUGGUGAUAACAACCAGACUCCUGGUGGUAACAACCAAACACCUGGCGGCAACAACCAAACACCUGGUGAUAACAACCAAACACCUGGUGGUAACAAUCAGACUCCUGGUGAUAACAACCAAACACCUGGUGGUAACAAUCAGACUCCUGGUGAUAACAACCAAACACCUGGCGGUAACAACCAAACACCUGGUGGUAACAACCAGACUCCUGGUGAUAACAACCAAACACCUGGUGGUAACAACCAAACACCUGGUGAUAACAACCAAACACCUGGUGGUAACAAUCAGACUCCUGGUGGUAACAACCAAACACCUGGUGGUAACAACCAGACUCCUGGUGAUAACAACCAAACACCUGGUGGUAACAAUCAGACUCCUGGUGAUAACAACCAAACACCUGGCGGUAACAACCAAACACCUGGUGGUAACAAUCAGACUCCUGGUGAUAACAACCAAACACCUGGUGGUAACAAUCAGACUCCUGGCGGUAACAACCAGACACCUGGUGAUAACAACCAAACACCUGGUGAUAACAACCAGACACCUGGCGGCAACAACCAAACACCUGGUGAUAACAACCAAACACCUGGUGGUAACAAUCAGACUCCUGGUGGUAACAACCAGACACCUGGUGAUAACAACCAAACACCUGGUGAUAACAACCAGACACCUGGCGGCAACAACCAAACACCUGGUGAUAACAACCAAACACCUGGUGGUAACAAUCAGACUCCUGGUGGUAACAACCAGACUCCUGGUGAUAACAACCAAACACCUGGUGGUAACAAUCAGACUCCUGGUGGUAACAACCAAACACCUGGCGGUAACAACCAAACACCUGGUGGUAACAAUCAGACUCCUGGUGAUAACAACCAAACACCUGGUGGUAACAACCAGACUCCUGGUGAUAACAACCAAACACCUGGUGGUAACAAUCAGACUCCUGGCGGUAACAACCAGACACCUGGUGAUAACAACCAAACACCUGGUGAUAACAACCAGACUCCUGGUGGUAACAACCAAACACCUGGUGGUAACAACCAAACACCUGGUGACAACAACCAGACUCCUGGUGAUAACAGUCAGGCUCCUGGUCUUCAUCCUCAAACGCCUGGUGGUGGCCACAAUUAAUCUCUGUUUGAAGGCCAUCCCUCCUCCCCAGGCCGCCCUUCAGUCUCCACCCAUGAUCCCCCAAAUCUCCCUGCCCCAACUUUCAAGAACUCGAGUGUCCCCACUUCAGGACUCGAGAAUCAUCACAGUCAGUGUUCCUUCAUUAUAUUUCGGGUCUCUUAUGCCAUCAUUGCACUAUCUUCUCCAUCUUCCAUUUCUGACACCUCUCUUCGACGAUUUGUAUUCCUUUCUGAAUAUCGCUUCUCGAGGAAUCUGGCUUGAUUCAUCGACCAUCGUGUUUUUCCAUUCUAUAUAUUUGUUUUCUGCAAUCUUCUUCCACCCCUCCCCCCAAAUUUUCUGCAGCUGUUGGCUAUCUUAAGCAAACGCCGGAAGUAUCCUCCUAUCUCCCUGGCUCGUCUUUGGCUGCUCUCCUUCCUAUCUUCCUCUACACUUUCCAGUGGUGUUUUUCUUGGCUCUCUCUGCUUGCCAGAUCUUCCAUUCAUUGCCUGUUUCCAUUCAUUCUUGGCAAUGAGUUCUCCAGGAUAAUAUACCCAGGUUCCCUGUGC